UUUCCAAUUGAACCAACAUUCUCGAAUUUCACUCUUAUUAAGCUGUUCGCUCUCUUUAUCUUUUGUGUCUAUUCAAUUGUCUCGUUCUCUUCAUCUCUAGUUUCAAAAAUCUCCCGUCUCUGCUACAUCCUUUUGCCUGUCGUGAUUUUCCUAUACAUUCCGAGAAAGUAUCAGUACUUGGUCGAAUCUGAUCUAGAGAGCAUCACAGAGUAAUGGAUAUGAAAAGGCAGAAGCUACUGGAGGGCCAUAGUGACAUGGAUGAGGGUGAGGAUAGAAUUAGCAAGUUACCUGAUUCCCUUGUUCAUCACAUCCUUUGUUUCCUUCCUACCAAGUCAGCCAUUUGUACAAGCAUUUUAUCUAAGAAGUGGAGGUACAAGUGGAUUUCCAUUCCUAAUCUUGAUUUUCGGGUGUGGCGUUCUGCUACUAGCGAAGAUGUUUAUUUGGAGACUGAUAGAUUCAUGGAAUUUAUGGAUAGGGUACUGCUUCUUCGUGAUAUGUCAAAACUAAAGAAAUUUUAUCUAGUAUGUGAUGGACGUUGUGAUCGAACUCGCGUAAAUGCAUGGAUAUCUGAUAUAGUAAAGUGUAAAGUUGAAGAGCUCAUUGUCUGCAGCAAAUCCCAAGUUCCAUAUAGUCCUUUUUUGUCUCCCUCCAGUAUUUUCACUUGUGAUUCAUUGGUUCGUUUGACCAUUAGUAUGCUAUGUGAUCUCAAACUCCCUACAUUGAUUCAUUUUCCGAGACUCAAGUUACUUCGACUUAUGCAUAUCACAUUUAGAGAUAAGAACUUUUCUGAGGAAUUCAUAUCCAACUGCCCAGUCCUUGAUGAGUUGAGUAUAGAAUACUGCACCUGGGAUGCGAUGGAGGAUUUUAUAAUGUCAGCUCCCAAUCUAAAGACGUUACGCAUUCAGGCUCCAAAAGGAGUGAUCAGGAUUAAUGCACCAAAUUUAACUCAUUUUGAAUACGAAGGUAGAAUUGCAAAGGAAUAUGACGUGCAUGGAUUUUCAUCUCUAGUUAAUGCAGAGAUUGACUUUUGCAUGUACCUUGAGGACAAAGAUGAUAUCGAAACAAGGAGAGAAGAAUUAGGUUAUGCUGUGAUAAAACUUUUCGAACGCCUUUCGAGUGUUCGAUUCUUAAAAUUAUCUUUCGAGACCCAUAAGGCCCUCUCCCUUGUAGACAAUCUCAAUGCAAGGUUACCUGCAUUUAACAACUUGAGAUAUUUGGAAGUGAGUUACAUAUGUUAUUCUCGGUAUUACAAGCCAUUACUGUGCUUGCUCGAAAUAUCGCCUAAACUUAAAUCAGUCAAUUUUACGCAUGGAUUCGGUGGACGUCUAUCUGAAAAUGGCAUUGAAGUAGUAUUGCCUCCUAUUGUGUUUUCAAAACUGAAGAAAGUAACAUUUGGGUCAUUCAAAGGGGACAAGAUGGAAUUGAUUUUAGCAGAAUUUUUUUUGAAGAAUGCUAAGAUUUAGAGAGCAUGGUCAUUUAUACUUGUUUCAAGUCGCAGCAGAAGAAAAUGAGAACUAUGGAGCGGAUGCUAAUGUUUCAGAGAAGGUCCCCAAAGUGUAAAAUUGUCUUCUCCGACGAAAAGCGAUAGAUAUUGAAAUCUCAAGUGAAGAACUUCUCUGGUAGACUUAUAACCUUUUCUGUUUUGUUGCGAACUUGUUUUUUCGUGCAUCCUGCUGUUAUAUUUCUGCCAAAGUGCACUUUCUCGGUUGUUAAUCUAGUGUGUUUAUUAUGCUGUUGCAA